UUGAUGGUGGUGGUGGCAGUAAUCAUUAUUUCGUCACUUCUGAAAAAUAGGAGUAGAAACAGAAGCAAGUGAAAAGUUCAGUCAGAGGCAAUGGCAUCUUAUGACAGGACUUUUUCUUAAAAGGGGCAGACAGCAUGGGAAAAGGUACUUCCAAACCUGAACCCAACAAUGACAAACACUCCAUGACAACCCCAGUUGUUACCUCUGCACACUGCCUCUCUGAGCACUCCAACAAACAGUACUUGGUCUUAGCCUUUUUUGCUGGGGUUCUACUGACCCUGCUGCUGAUGGCCCUUGUCUUCUUCAUCAUCAAGAGCUGCAGAAAAUGUCACUCCAGGCCCUCAGCCCUAGCUCCUGAUUCAGAGCCUCCAGCUAAGCUUUCAUCUCCAGAGGAGACACUCACCUAUGCCAGCAUGGCUUUUGAACUUUCAGAAGAAAAUCAUAAUCACUGUACUGUGAACCAUUCUGAGGACUCAGACCAUGUUGUCUAUGAUCAAGUUAAAGUGACCAGCUCACCCUCCCUUUUCAAUGAGGCUUGAAUCCAGUUCUUCACAGCUCAGCUCCAUCUUUAUACAUCACUUAACCUUUCAACAAAUCUUGGACCACAACCUGGUGAAACGACAGUUGGGGUUGUUCGGCUGUGAUCUGGCAAUGCUGGUCGGCAGUUUUGAAAACCUGUUCCAAGUGCGCAGCACAGAGCCUGGUGCACAAAGAAUGUUCACUCAGCAUCAUUGCUCAACUUGGGAGGGGGUCAACCAAAUGAACAAUCUAGCAAGAAUUACAAAUAAAAGCAAACCCUCUGCA